AUGACUAUUCUCCUCUCAUUUCUCACUUUUUCUCUUCUCUUCCUCCCAUUUUCCAUUUCCUCAUCACUUAAUUACCCCCCCUUCCCUGAAAAACACUUCAUCAAUUGUGGUUCUGAUUCUCCCAUCGUACUCAACCGCGGCGGCGGCACCACCACUUUUGCCGGCGACGGCGACUUGAACUUCGACCCCAACCACAGUGAUUCCGUUAAAGACCACACCACUACUACAGGUUUAGCUGGAAUCUAUCAAACCGCCAGAAAGUUCACUAAAUCUGGGUCAUACAAUCUUCGAAUUGAUGAAAAUGGGGUUUACAUGGUACGGCUUCAUUUCUUUCCUUUCGUUUCUCUAUUCGAUGCGAAAUUCAGUGUUUCCGCUUCUGGGUUUUUGCUAUUGUCCAAUUUUAGCAUACCUAGAAACUUAAUAACUAUCAAAGAGUUUCUGGUUCCUGUACUAAAAGGUCGUAAUUUGGAAAUCAUUUUCAGACCUGAUUCUUCUUUUGCAUUUGUUAAUGCAAUAGAAGCAUUUGUUACUCCUCAAAGUUUCAUUCCUAACUCUAAUGACACAACCCAUGUCACUAGCAGCAAAAAUGAUUUAUCCUCGAGUGUUUUGAAUGUUAUUCAUAGGAUUAAUGUUGGGGGUUCUAAUAUUACCGACGAUAUGGAUACCAUGAGGAGAAAAUGGGUAGCUGAUGAUGAUUACUUACUUAUCAAAAGAUUAGCUAAGAACCUUACAAUGUAUAGUACAAGGCCUAACUAUGAUCCAGUAGAAGGGGCUACUCAGUAUGAUGCUCCUGAUUUGGUUUAUAAAACUGCCAAAGAAAUGAAUAGUAGUCAUGUUGAGACUCAAAGUGACAACUUCUUUAACAUAACUUGGCGUUUUGAGGUGAAAAGGAAAGCUACAUUUUUUGUACGUCUACACUUUUGUGACAUUGUUAGUGAUCAGCGGAAUGGUACAGUUUUCAAUGCCUAUAUAUAUGGUCAGUUUGGUAAGCCAAUUAGUCCAUAUGAUAGAUUUGAACACUUUGCAGUUCCUUUUUAUGUUGAUUUUGUGGUGGAUUCAGAUGGUUCUGGUUUUAUGAAUAUCUCAGUUGGUCCUCGGAAUGAUUCAAAGUCUAUAAAUGCUUUUUUGAAUGGGGUGGAAUUAAUGGAGUUGAUUAAUGAUCGGGUUGAGUGGGGUGGAGAAAAGAAUAACAAUGUUUGGAUAAUUGUUGGUUCUGUUGUUGGUGGUGUGGUUCUCAUUUCUGUUUCUAUUGUGGUGAUCUUGUGUUGUUUGAAACCAAGAAAAGCACAAACGGUUGAGAACUCGAGUUGGUGGCCAAGGAUGAGUGUUAAUGCUGGAAGUACAGAGGAUAGGACUCCUGUAAGAACUCCAAUUGGUAGCACUACUCCUGAUAUGAACCUUGGGUUAAAGAUAUCUUUCGCAGAGAUUUUGCAUGCUACUAAUAAGUUUGAUCCCAAAUUUAUGAUUGGUGAGGGUGGUUUUGGGAAAGUUUACAAAGGAACUUUACACAGUGGUGUUAAAGUGGCUGUGAAAAGAAGUGAAGCUGGACAUGGGCAGGGUCUUAUGGAAUUUCAAACUGAGAUAAUGCUCUUGUCCAAAAUCCGCCAUCAACAUCUUGUUUCAUUGAUUGGUUAUUGUGAUGAACGAGAUGAGAUGAUACUUGUUUAUGAAUUCAUGGCGAAGGGAACUUUGAGAGAGCAUUUGUACAGUUCGAAUGAAGAUCUUGGUAAAUCAUCUUCACGGUCAAAAUUAUCGUGGGAUCAAAGGCUUCAAAUUUGUAUAGGUGCAGCUAAUGGUCUACAGUACCUUCAUGCCGGCUUACCUGAGCCAACUAUUCACAGGGAUAUUAAGUCAACAAACAUACUUCUUGAUGAAGAUUAUGUUGCCAAAGUUGCUGAUUUCGGUCUCUCCAAAUCAGGUCAACCUGAAGAAACACACAUUGUUACUGAUGUUAAAGGUAGCUUCGGUUAUCUUGAUCCCGAGUACCUGAAAUCAAUGCAACUAACUCAAAAGUCUGAUGUCUAUUCUUUUGGAGUUGUACUUUUUGAAGUACUUUGUGCUAGACCAGCUGUUGAUAAUAUGCUUCCAAGAAAUCAAAUGAACUUAGCUGAAUGGGGACUUUCUUGGAUAAAAGAAAACCAGAUCGAAAAGAUAAUUGAUCCAUUUCUUGUAGGUAAAAUUAACCCAAACUCUCUGAGGAAAUUCGGAGAAAUAGCAGAAAAGUGUCUGCAAGAGAAUGGCACUGAUAGGCCUAAGAUGAUGGAUGUGUUGUGGGACUUGGAUUACGCUCGACAGCUUCAACACCCUACAAUGCCCCAACAAUCUCAUGAGGAUACCAACUCCGAUGUUUCGUGGCAAGUGGCAUUGCCUGGUAUCAAUCGCUUACCUUCUAUAAAUGUAAGCACAAGCUUUGUCAGUGUCACUGAUAGCGAGGCUUUUUCAGAAUUGAGGAUCGAUGAAACCAGAUGAUUUGUGGCCUCGUUGUUGUUAGCAUUCAUCUGAUGAUAUGUAAUUUCAUCUUAUUCUACUUCAUUCUGUCUAAUGUAAUUGUGUAUCAAAACAGUGUGUAAUAGUCAGUGUUCAGUUUUAAUUUCUGCAUUGGAUAAUAGGCAAAUGCCUCUUGACAAUGCAUCUGUAUUGAUAGUAUAUA